UUUUGUGUAAGAGGAAGCAGUAUCUCUCUUGGAUGUCCUAACAACGUAGCUCUAAAUUAAAAAAACCAACCAGGUCUUAAACAGAAGAAGCUGGGUUUUAGACAAGGAAUUCCUGGUGACGCUGGAGUUGGUGACACACGGGGGCCAUAUGGCUGUUUCAUGGCUGGUAGGGCUAUGAACGUGCGCUAACUGCCCGGAGGAGAGAGCUCACCAUGGAUUUGAGAAACAUUCCCCACCGUUCAGACGUGGUUACGUGGAACCCAGAUGACUUAGCAGAAUAUUUUAGGACGUUAAAGUAUAAGGAUUGUGAAAAAGUCGUGAGAAAGCACAGCAUAAAUGGACAAAGGUUUUUGAACAUGUCUGAAAAUGAUAUUCAGAAAUUUCCCAAACUCCGAGUGCCAAUUGUAAGUAAAUUAAGUCAAGAAAUAAACAGAAAUGAAGGGAGGCUAUCUUUCCUUCCAAAAUGGGCACAAACGCAAAAAAGUUCUGAAAAUCCAGGAUAUGGUCAAGAAGACGGUGGCUGGUCUUCAUUUGAUGAGGAUGAUGAUGACUACGAAAGCCCCGAUGAUGACCAGGAAAAGGAAGAUGAGGCUGACUAUGAAUCACCAACAGAAGAACCUGAGGAAGCAGAACAUGACAGUGACGGCUACGAGCCACCUCCCUCCAACAACGACGAAGCCCACCACAAUGUCAUAUUUCCUGCCAAGUCACUUGCAAACAACACAGAUUACAUAGACAGACCUCCAACAAGCAGAUCUCCACAUCAGCCUCCUGUACCACCCCAGCGACCUGGCCCCUCCCCAGUACCAGCCUCAUUUGGGGGAAGAUGUGCUUCUCUGCCAGCUUUUCCUCCUCCACCAAGCAACAAUGACUUGAGUAGAGACAGAAAUAUCAAGCCUUUGAAACCCCCAGCUCCUUCCAUAGACAGAAGCACAAAACCCUCGCUGGAUCGCCUCGCUCCACCCUUCGAGAGAGAGAGCCCAGGGUCAGGGAGGAAGCCAAGCUUUCCUGAUAAGCCUCUGACUUCCCAGCUAAGAUCCCUGGGGGAACAACUAGCAAUGAUGCCAAAACCUCCUGUUCCACCCAGUGACAGGUAUGAAAGAAGCAACCCACCUCCUCUAAGGAAGCCAACCCCUGUAAAGCAGGGUUGGCCACCACACAAAAAAAAUGAAGAAGAAGACGACACUGCACCCCAAAGGCCAGUGCCACAGCUCUCUUUGCCCCCGUACAGCUCCAAUACCUUCCCAUCCAAAUCUGUCAAGCCUCCACCUAAGCCAGGAUCCAACAGUAUGCCUGGGGCAGAAAGCAGUGCUAGAAACCUGUCUGCAGGCGGCUCGCUACCACCACGCUUACAUCUAGGCAACAGCAGAUCUCCGUCAAGAGGCGCCGCUGAUAUCAGACCUCCUCUGCCAAUUCCGAGCAGGCAGACGGUUCACCAAACAAACAUGGAGGAAGAUGAGGACUCACUGAAUGAGGAAUGGUACGUCGCUUACGUAACCCGGCCAGAAGCAGAAGCAGCUCUUCGAAAGAUAAACAAGGAUGGAACUUUCUUGGUAAGAGACAGCUCAAGAAAAACUGCUACUCAUCCGUAUGUCCUGAUGGUGUUGUACAGAGAUAAAGUAUACAACAUCCAGAUUCGGUACCAGGAGCAAAAUCAAAUAUAUUUGUUAGGAACCGGCUUAAAAGGAAAAGAGGAUUUUUGUUCAGUAGCAGAUAUCAUUGAUUACUUCCAAAGAACACCUCUUCUUCUGAUUGAUGGAAAAGACAGAGGUUCAAGAAACCAGUGCAUAUUAAAAUACGCUGCCGGACACAUUUAAAUGAGACCUGAAUGAAGAUCACAUAUAGUAUCAAAGCCUACUGAAGUUUGUAAACUUCAGGAUAUUUCCUUUUGCAGCAAACUAAAAUCAUGAAGUAAUUAAAAAUCCUUUCAUUUUAAGGAAAAUGGACAAUGUUAUUUUUAAAUUAUGCCUCAAAUGCAGUACUCUAUAAAUCUGAUUUUCCUACAACGCGUUUAUUACUGUCCACUAAUCAUACAGUACAUGAGAAUUUUUUAUCUUCCAACACAUGUGUAUCUUCUUGAAAUGAUUUCCACACCAAAUUAAAGUACCAAUGAAUAAAUACCAA